GACACGCGUGAUGAUCGCGCGCAGAUGGGUGGGGGGUGGGGGGCGUGUGGAAACUGAUCCGCCACAGCGCGCACAGUCUAAAACAGACUCUUUAACGUACUGGAAAACCGGAGAGACACGGAAACGCCCCACACCGGACUCCCCCUGCCAGUCUCCACAUCUCUGGAGAAACAUCUAAACUAAUUCAACAGGGCAAAGGCAGAAGUAGCUGGAGAGACCAAAAGCAUCUGUGAUUUGUUUGUGGAAGUAGCGGCGCUCAUGGCGGCAGCUCGGCUGCUUUAGGAGGGUCACUUCAGUGGAUUUUAGUGGGAGAAACUCGUCUGUUGGAUGUCAGUCAGAAGAAUAAUGGAUGCGCUCAGAUUGUCCGCUGCUCUUCUUCUACUUCUGUCUUUAUUCAGCUGUGGAAGCACUAUACAGUUUCCCGACUCCCAUCUGACCCGGAAAUGGGCGAUGCAGAUGCAGGAGGAGCUAGUGCAGUUGAUGGAUGCUGAGACCGGCAUACAAAAGCUUCAAAAAAUUUUCCUGCAAUUUCAUAGACACUAUGAUGUCAAGCAAAACAACCCUACACAGCUGGUGGCAAAAGCUGCACGUGAAAUCGAGAACCUUCUUGCCAACCGUUCCAAAGCUCUAGAGGCGCUGGUGACGGCUGCAGAGAACCUGCAGAAGGAGCACCAGUGGAAGGAUGAUCUUGAUGUGAAUGAGAUUAUCUACUACAAUGCCAAGGACAAGUUUGACAUUAAUGACACGGAAACGCACCAGAACCAUGUCAAAGUAGAAUUCAAAGAGGAUCCAGUUUUCAAACGCCCUGUUUCAUACAACACAACAGCAGUGCACAUUCCUACUGAUAUCUACGAGGGCUCCACUAUAAUCCUGAAUGAGCUAAACUGGACUGCGGCUCUAGAUGAAGUCUUCAAGAAGAACUGGGAGAAUGACCCGUCCCUCCUCUGGCAGGUGUUUGGCAGUGCAACUGGCCUGGCUCGAUACUUCCCAGCUUCCCCUUGGGUUGACACAAGGAGCACACCAAAUAAGAUUGACCUGUAUGAUGUACGCCGAAGGCCCUGGUAUAUCCAAGGUGCAGCUUCACCUAAAGACAUGUUGAUCCUGGUGGAUGCGAGUGGAAGUGUGUCAGGUCUGACACUGAAGCUCAUUCGCACUUCCGUCAGUGAGAUGCUGGAGACUCUCUCCGAUGAUGAUUUCGUCAACAUCGUCUCUUUCAACAAUUCGGCCAAGUCGGUCGCCUGUUUUGAAAACCUGGUCCAAGCAAAUGUCCGCAAUAAAAAGAUUCUGAAGGAGGCGGUACAGAAGAUCACAGCGAAUGGCACCACUGACUAUAAAAUUGGCUUCAAGGAGGCUUUUAACCAGCUCUCCUCAAUGAAUGUUACAAGAGCAAACUGUAACAAGAUUAUCAUGCUAUUCACUGACGGAGGAGAGGACAGAGCUUCAGAGAUCUUUGAAGAGUACAACCCUGACAAGAAUGUUCGAAUCUUCACCUUUUCUGUGGGCCUGCAUAACUAUGAUAAGACACCAAUUCAAUGGAUGGCUUGCAAUAAUAAAGGUUAUUAUUAUGAGAUCCCCUCUAUUGGAGCCAUCAGGAUCAACACCCAGGAGUACCUGGAUGUGUUGGGUAGGCCCAUGGUGAAAGAAGACAAGAAAGCAAAAAAUGUGCAAUGGACCAACAUUUACGUGGACGCUCUAGAAUUGGGUCUUGUGAUUACAGGCACUCUGCCAGUGUUCAAUAAGACCAGCACCAGGAAGAGUCAAGACAAGAAUAAGAACCAGAGCCAGUUGAUUUUAGGGGUGAUGGCCAUAGACGUGUCUCUGGGUGACAUCAAGAGACUGACUCCACAUUACACUCUCGGACCAAAUGGAUAUUACUUCGCCAUCGACCCCAACGGCUACGUGCUGCUUCAUCCCAACCUUCAACCAAAGGAUCUCAAGCCUCAGGAACCCAUGACAUUGGACUUCUUGGAUGCAGAACUAGAGGAUGAAGAGAAAGUGGAGAUCAGAAGAAGUAUGAUAGAUGGUCAGAAGGAUCAAAAGAGAUUCCAAACACUUUUGAAGUCUCAAGAUGAGCACUACAUAGACAGAGGCAUCAGAACCUACACUUGGGGUCCAGUCCAUGACACAGACUACAGUCUUGCUUUAGUUCUACCUGAUUACAGUGUCAGCUACAUCAAGGCCACUAUACUAGACACCAUCACUCAGGCCAAAUCUUGGAAACUCUCAGAAAAUUCCGAAGAAACUGUUUCUGAAAGCCUGCAGGUGGACAAAUUUGAAGAGUAUGGAUAUACUUUAAUAGCACCCAGAGAUUACUGCACAGACCUGAAAGCUCAGAGUAACAACAUCACACAAUUUCUCAUCGACUUCAAUGAAUACAUAGACAGAAAGACCCCCAACAACCCGCUGUGUAAUAUGGAGCUAAUAAACAGACUGCUGCUGGACGCUGGCAUCACCGCUGAACUGGCCAAAUACUGGAGCGAACAGGGACUGAAUGAGAGAAUCAAGGCUAAGUUUGUGGCGACAGACGGCGGUGUCACUAGAGUCUAUCCUGCGAGUGCUGGUUCAGAAUGGACUGAGCAGGCAGAAACAUACAAGUCUAGUUUCUACAAGAGAAGUCUGGACAACAAUGUUUAUAUAUUUACUUCAGCACCAAAUGCAAACAAUGAAACUCAAGAUUCAGUUUUGGUGAGCAGAGCGAUGGACCUGAGAGUUGAUGAAUUCAUGCUGAAGCCAGCAGUGGUUGGAGUAAAACUGGAUGUACUGACUUGGAUGGAAAGCUUCAUCAACGCUACGAUUACGCCCAAUUGUGUUGGUGAAAUCUGUGGGUGCAGGAGGAGCGAUGUCAAUCUGGACUGCUUUCUUCUGGACGAUGGAGGCUUCCUUGUCAUGACCAAUAAGGAACUCUCUAUGAUCGGACAGUUUUUCGGUAUGAUUGACCCCACCCUAAUGAGAAAUCUGAUAAAUGAAUCCCUGUUCUCAGUCAACAUAACCUACAACUACCAGGCUCUCUGUGAACCCACCACAGAAUCUAAAGCUGCCGCUGGUCUCAGAUCAGUCUACGUGCCCACCAUAGCUGACAUCCUGAACAUUGGUUGGUGGGCUUCUGCAGCAGCCUGGUCAAUAUUGCAGCAGUUGUUUGUCAGCAUCACAUUUCCUAAUUUCCUUGAGGCAGCGGACCUAGAUGAGGACCUGUCUGAAAAACCAUCUAAAGAGAGUUGCAUCAAAGAGCAGAAACAGUAUUUCUUUGGGAACAAUGAGACAACUUUUAAGGGGACUGUGGAUUGUCAGAACUGCUCCAGGCAGUUCAUAGCUGAAAAGCUUCCGAAGACAAAUCUGGUGCUUAUUGUUGCAGACCCGCUAAUUCAUUGCCAUACUAGUGAAAAAGGUUUCUCCCAGGAAGAAAAGCCUUCUCCAGGUCCAGAUCCCUGCAAGAUAGCCCAGAAUCCACGCUAUCGGAAAGGUCCGACACAGUGCUUUGACAACAAUGCAAGUGAACAGAACGAGGAUUGCGGUGGAGCGUCGGGUCUGAGUCCAUCAAUCGUGUCCAUGGUCAUUCUGCAGCUGCCGCUGCUCUGGCUUCUAAUUGGAAGAGGACACUUCCUCUCGUGACCUCAGCAUGGAGAUGCCACACCCCCUCACGAUGCCAAAACAUACCAGAUCCAGCUGCACAUUUGAUCGUUCAUCCGGACUCCCACGCUACAGCCCAGCACAUGGAGGGAGAGGCUCUGACCCAGGAAGUACAAAACCCAAGCCGCGAUCACUCACAGCCUUUAAGGUCAAAGUAGGUCGGAGAUGAUAUAUGAGCAACGACCUUUGACAUUUGACCUGUGAGGUCAGACUCUCUCCACAUGAGCGACGGGGUGGGCAGACCUUGACACUUCAUCGUCACUUCGCUAUGAAGAUACGUCCUGUCUUUAAAACAAACAAAAAAAAAGAUCCAGUCACAACACUGCCAACCAAAGUUUCGCCCUUUACCGGUGUGAUGCCUUCAACAUAUUUACACGGCUUAUUCCUCUGUAUUACAAACUGUUUAUAUGUGACUUUUAUGGCCUCGUCACGUUUGCCCUGCUGAGAUCUUUAAUGGACCCCUCCGGGUCGGGUCAAAAUUCAACCCUGUUUGUGGUCUGCAGCUCAUUACUGAAAAAAAAGGACAAAUGAGCUUGUGACCCAAUGCAAAAGUCUCUUGUUUUUCCCAGUGGUCUCCACCUCUGUGCCUCGGGAAUAUUGGUUUCAUUUCUGAACGCUGUUUCGAGUGAACAAUCCCUCCCUCCAUUAGUCCGCGGGUACCCGUAUUUGCUAUCACACGGUGAUUUUUAUCCGCCCAUAGUGCAUUUCAAACAUGCACUGCUGCCAAACGUUACCCUGUGUGUGGUCUUGCUGUACUUUGCACUUGAUGCCAAGCAGGUCGUGUGGCCAAACAGCCCUUUGGUUCUUAUUUAGGGCUUUUUAAAUGACAGCCGAUUCACAAAAGCUCGCAAAUGUAUGCGUCCUGGCUGUGAAUAUGAAGAGAAAACCCCGCUGUUGCAUGUGUGUGUUUUUUUUUCUUUUUUGGUGCAUUACCUGUUUAUUUUAGAUUAAGUUAUUUUAAAUGAGCAAAGAGUUUUCUGCUGUAUGUUUAAUGUCGAGUUUUAUGUGCUAUAUUUAAUGUAUGUGUGUGGAUAUGCAGAUGCUAAAGGGUGAAAGGCGUUUAUGACAUAGUUGCUCUUUCCCACACUUUAAUAUCAUCUGGAGAACUCAAAAAGGUGGGAAGAAAAUGAUCUAAUGUUUACAGAUAUUUUGAGACACUCAAGAGUUUUUAUAAGAAAUGUUGCCCCUGGUUGUGCCUCUGCUGUGUCAUUUUUCACUUUAAUGUCAGAGGCAGAGCUCUGUCAGCCUUUCUUUCCUGUCAAUGUGCCUUGAUGUGAAUGGAUUCAGAUAAAAAUAAGUGAAUGAAUAUCACAAUGUGCAAUCUGACCCUGAUCACUCUGCAGAAAAAUGCCAAAUAUCGUCAUUCUGAUCUGACCAAAAUGAACCUUCUGUCUCUUUAAGAGAUCCUGACUGGAUCUUUGUGCCUCAGUGAAAUCUGGGCCAUUUAUGAAAUAAUUAAGACUUUGAGAAGAGACAAGAAUAAUUACGGAAGCUCUGAACUACUCAUAAAAUGAACGCGUUU